GCCCACGCUAUCAGGCGUCUGCUGCCCCUGGGCGGCGACCCGAUAAGUCUUCUCCGCUGGCUCCGAGGACAGUGCGGCCGCAGGGCAGGGUGAAAAGCGGGCCCUCAGUCCUCGCCGCUAGUCACUCUGUCAGCAAACCAUCGAGAGGCGAAGACCUCCUGCUUUCCUAGAGAAAACAACUUUGGCAUCAGCGAAGGUCAGAAUUCCCAGAAACUUGAACAGAGGCUGCCAAAUUCCUAAUAAUUGCUACUUUGGCUUAGAGGAUUAACCCCAAAGAAGGAAAGACUCCAGCAGGUAAAGUUUUCCAUGACUUGCUCCUGCUACCUGGUUGUCAUUCUCUGUCCCCAGGAGCAGCUCCAGGGAGUGGUGUUGGCAGCAGAGCAGGGGAAGGGUCCUGCCCGUACCUGAAGCUGUGGGAGCACAGUGGAGAGUUUCUUUUCUGUGAGAAACAUUGUUUACGAUACAGACACUGGGGAUUUGUUCUCAACAAUGUGCCUUUGAGUUCCAGCUUUGGUUAAUCCAGCUGUGAGGAGGGAGUGUUCCCCUUUUCUCUGGCGUCAGAACCUCAGACUUUCCAUUCUAAGGAAAGUUUAGACUGAGAGCUGAUUUGUUGGGGGUUCCUGUUCUAAGGAGUACUAGAAGUGAUAGAGGUGGUUGAUAGGGGAAAAGAUGGCCAGGACAGAGUUGAAGGGAUCUAGCAAGGAGAUGAUGGUGAAGAGAGGGUAUGUCACUUGAUUACCAGUGGGCCUGGCCCAUGCCUGAUUCAGUGCCUUCCACCUGUAUAGUGUUACUGGUAUUGAGCUUCUCGACCCUCUUGCUGCCCAAAGAAUAGAGUUCUCUGAACUGUCAGUGACUCCUACGGAUUAAUUUGGACAGAGCCCUGCAUGCCCUUUGUGAAUACAACAGUCUGUAGUGAUGAAGUAAAUACUUUUUCCAUUUUUCAUUUUUUUGUCCCUUGCAACAGUGCCUGGCGGUGUAGUUGACCUUCAACUAACGUUUGUAAUACAACCAAAUGAAUAAACAGAUAACGAGGGGGAUAGACAAAAUCCAGGGAUUUUUUUUCCCCCCAUUCUCUUGCCCAAGUAUAAGGACACUGGAUUCUUGCUGUAGUAUUCAGGUAUGAAGUAGAAACUUCUGCCUGAGAUCCAAACCUUAGCCUAGAUGCUAAUGUUACAUUUUAUCCAUUAGAGCCACAGAGAACAGGCCCCUUUUAAUUAUGGUAGCAAGUUGGGGGUUGGGAGCAGUUAGUAGGGAUAAAAAUGGAAUAACAAAGAAUCUUGUUUUUAAAAACAUUGGUCCCUGCUUCAGGGACUAACAUCCCAAUCCACGGAAAUGUAUCGUGAGAGAGGGGAGGUAAAAAGAAGCUGCUAGGACUAGUCUUUUGGAUCCUGGUGGAUAUAUGCACCUACCUUGUCUAAUGAGACUGUCAUAAGGAUCACAGAAAGGUCCCAGGUUCCUCAAUAACAUUCCACCUUUGGCUGAGACAAAGCAGAAAAUUAUUGUAGAAAGAAAGGGGUGGCAGGAGGAAUUUAUUUUACAAGAUGGCCCCUACUUCUAUGAAACAGAGGUGUUGUUUCCCAGGGGUUGUUAAAACGAGAGAUUUCUCUGAUCUCUUUUCCUAUAAGAAUAGUACGUUGUUGUUGUCAGGUGCUGUCGAGUCGCCUCUGACUCAGUGGCCUUUAUGUAGAACAGAGUGAAACAUUGUGCUGUCCUCACAAUGGUUAGUUUGAGCCCAGUGUUGCAGCCAUUGUAUCAAUCAAUCUCAUUGAGGGUCUCCCUUUUUUUUGCUUACCCUCUGCUUACCAAGCAUGAUGCCUUUCUUCAGUGAUUGGUCCCUCCUGAUGACAUGUCCAAAGUAAACAAAACAAAGUCUUGCCAUCCUCGUGUCUAAGAAGCACCUGGCUGUACUUCUUCAAAGACAGAUUUGUUUGUUCUUCUGACAGCCUGUGGUAUAAUCAGUAUUCUUUCACAACACCACAAUUCAAAUUCAUCAGUUCUUCAGUCUUUCUUUUUCAUUGUCCAGCGUUCACAUGCAUAUGAGACGAUUGAAAAUACCAUGGCUUGGAUCAGGCCCACCUUAGUACUCAAAGUGACAUCUUUGCUUUUUUAACACUUCAAAGAGGUCUUUUGCAGCAGAUUCCGUUUUAUGUUCAGGUGUAAGGAUAACACCUAAGUUUAAUAUAAUAUAAACCUAAUGAAGUAAGUUUUUCUCUCCUACCAAUCCUAAUGAAAAAAAAAAAAGGAGGUUUUUUUUUUUCCUUCUCUAAAAAUGGUUAGCUUUGUCCAUUACCCCAUAUAUUUUUAAAAAGUUGAUACGAUAUAUGCACACUUCUGUAAUCUGUGGACACACACUUUUAUAGUUUACCCUUUUCACUUUACAUUAUAUGAAUCUUUCAGUCCAUCUGGUGUUUUUUACUUUCAGUUGUUGCUUAGUUUUUCAUUCUGUUAAUGUCAUUUGGCUUGGAUGGUCCUCCCGUGGUGGUAUUUUGUUAUUAUAAAUAUCACUCAAAGUGUGUGGGAUAUUGCUGAGGAACUUGGGGCUUCCUUGUGGUCUUGGUGGUAGUCUCAUUCCAGGGAGUAGGUGUAUAUAUCCCCAGGAUCUAAAAGACUAGUCUCGAUUGCUGUUCCCGCUCACUGUUCUUGGGCACUGGCUGAAAUGCUUGUCCCCCUCUUUCUGUGUUAGGAGUUGGUUUUGUUUUUUUCAUUUGUUUUCAUUAUUACUAUCUUUGAACUUUGGACUUUUGCUUCUGCAGUGCUUCCGCAUUCUCGUUCCAAACCUGCUUCCUGCUGAGUCUACAUAUAGGAGACCAGAGUGCCUGAACUUCUAGCCCUACCCAUGGAAACUCAGGCUGAUCAUGUAUCUCAGGAACCUCAGGCCCUGCUUGACAGUGCUCUUUCUUCUUCAAAAAUUCCUGCCUUUUCUGACAAGAACAGCUUAGGGAAUGAGAUGCUGGCAGCUGCACUCCUAAAGGCCAAGUCCCAGGAGUUGGUGACAUUUGAGGAUGUAGCUGUGUACUUUAUCCGGAAGGAGUGGAAGCGUUUGGAACCGGCUCAGAGGAACCUGUAUAGGGAUGUGAUGCUGGAGAAUUAUGGGAAUGUCUUCUCACUGGAUGGUGAGAAUAGACGUGAGAAUGAUCAAGAAAUUUCUGAAGAUACAGGAUCACAUGGGGUGCUGUUGGGAAGAUUCCAAAAGGAUAUUUCUCAGGGUCUUAAGUUUGAAGAAGCCUAUGAACAAGAAGUCAGUCUAAAGCGGCAGCUGGAGAACUCUGGUGAAAGAUUGAAUAGGAAGAUACAAGAUUUUGGUCAAAGGACAGCUGAGGAGAAGCUAACUCCCAUGGGAGAGAGAAGUGAGAAAUACAGUGAUUUUGGGAAUAGCUUUUCUGUGAGUUCCAACCUUAUUUCACAUCAGAGACUUCCUAUGGGGGACAGACCUCAUAAGUGUGAUGAGUGUAGCAAGAGCUUUAAUCGAACUUCAGACCUUAUUCAACAUCAGAGAAUCCACACUGGGGAAAAACCCUAUGAAUGUAAUGAGUGUGGGAAGGCCUUCAGCCAGAGCUCACAUCUUAUUCAGCAUCAGCGAAUUCACACUGGUGAGAAACCUUAUGAAUGUAAUGAUUGUGGGAAGACUUUUAGUUGUAGCUCUGCUCUUAUCCUACAUCGAAGGAUCCAUACUGGGGAGAAACCUUAUGAAUGUAAUGAAUGUGGAAAAACCUUUAGUUGGAGUUCCACCCUUACUCAUCAUCAGAGAAUCCACACUGGAGAGAAACCCUAUGCUUGUAAUGAAUGUGGAAAGGCCUUCAGUAGGAGCUCCACCCUUAUUCAUCAUCAGAGAAUCCACACUGGAGAGAAACCUUAUGAAUGUAAUGAGUGUGGGAAGGCCUUUAGCCAGAGCUCACACCUCUAUCAGCACCAGAGAAUCCACACUGGAGAGAAGCCCUACGAAUGUAUGGAAUGUGGAGGAAAGUUUACCUAUAGUUCAGGCCUUAUUCAGCAUCAGAGAAUCCACACAGGGGAGAAUCCCUAUGAAUGUAGUGAAUGUGGGAAAGCCUUCAGGUAUAGCUCAGCUCUUGUUCGCCAUCAGAGAAUUCACACUGGAGAGAAGCCUUUGAAUGUAAUGGGUAUGAGCAAAAGUUCUCUCAGAGUUACUGCUGAAUUAAAUAUCAGAGAGUCUACAUGAAAGACAGCCACACACCUGUUUUCCUCACUUCUCCUGAAUCUAAAGAGCUUCUGCCUUACUGUAUAAGUACAGACAGCUUAGGAUAUGUCCCUUCCACCUCAAACCUUUCACUUUAGCAACUGGCAAAUUGGGAAAACUACCCAGCAGUGAUUAGCAGCCUAGUGAAUUUUCCUAGAAUGAUACCAGCCUUAAAAAGUUGGGAGGCAAGCAGCUGACUGAGUGCUGGGAAUAGAGGGAGGCUCUGGAACCAGCCACCCAUUUUGGAAGGGAGUUUGCACUAAACCAUUUUUCUCAGGCCAGAGGAGCCUUUCUUUCCACGGUGGCCAUGGAAGCACAGCAGGAAAAAAAAUUCCAAGGAUUCCUCUAGUUGGAGUUGACAGCACAGAAGGCAGUGGAGAGAAUGUUCUGAGUCCUGGUAUUUGCUAGGAAGGAAAUGGAAGCUGUAUUUCAAAGCCACUGGUCCCAAUCCAGCUUUAAGCUUUGAUAAGGAAUGUACUAUUUUGUAUCAUAAUUCCACUAAUUAUGAAAGUUUGGCGCUGAGAUACAUAUUUUAUUGAGAGAGGGAAAAGAUCCCCAAAAAGGUUUUCUAUGAUGUCUGUAUCCUUUAGGGCUCUUGGAGCAGCUAGAGCGAGCUUCUAACAGCAACCUUAGCAAUAUUGUAAGAGGACCCUUUGCCUUUCCCUGUUGUAAUGUGACUGGGAAAUCCAAUCAGUGAGUCUAGCCUGAGGGUACACUAUCAGAAGCAUUUAGCAUUGGCAUCUAUUUCCUCCUGCCUUUUUCUGUCACCCUGUCUGUGAUAAAAGUGAUCUAAUCCAAACCCUUAGUUUCUAAGGAUGCUUUAAGGAGCUAAAGUAGCCUUGCCCUCUGUCACCUUUGACAUCUGGCCUUGGACCUCUCCUGACUCCACCUCUGAGUCUUCAACAGCCAAGGAUUAAUACAAAUAAAGAGUAAAGUCCCAGAGAAGAAAGGCUCUGGCCUGAGCCUGGCAGCAGGGCUCUUGGCUGGGUUAGAAUGGAGCUCCCCAAGUUUUCCUGACUGAAGGGAUGAUCUUUCAUUAUGUUUUCCCAAUCCUAUUCAUCGUGUAGUAUAAAUGAAGUGCACUAUUAAACAGAAUAGUUUUUCAGAAGGAGAGAUUGAGUGUGUUUUGUACAGGGGCCAAGUUUACUUCAGUUAAAGCAGGAAACUAUUAAUGGCAUCUUUUAAAAUUCACCUUAAAAUUUUUUUCUAUUGGCAACAUUUCGUCACAAACAUGUGGCUUCCCUUUUCCUAAAGACUCCAUCAUAUUCCUCUAGGUACUGCCGCAGACUGAGCUGUUUACACGGUCAGUGUACAAAAUGACUUCUGACCUCAGCUACCCAGAGUUAGACCAAAAUUCACAGUUUAAGAGUGCAGUCCUCCACAAGACUGCCCUUCAGACACCAGCCACAAUUUCAGGGGUUCCCAGGACACCCUUGGCUUCUGACGCUGCCUCCAGAUUCAGGGGUUCUCACUACCCCCUCAGGUUCGAUAAUUUGGUAGAAUGACUCACACAACUCAGAAAAGCACUAUACUCAUUACAGUUUUAUUAUGGCAAAAGGAUAUAAAAAGCCAACCAAAGGGAGAGAUGCAUAGGGUGGGAGAGCUCCUAAAUGCAAAGCUUCCUUGUCCUCUCCCCAUGGAGUCAGGCCACAUCAACCUUUUGGCACAGUGUACAAAGAAUAUUGUCAGUCUCAAGCUUUGGUGUCUAGAGUUUUUAUUGGCAUUUUAUUACGAGGGUAUGGUUGAUUGAAUCAUUGGCCAUGUGAUUGAACUCAAAUCUCCCCUUCCCCGGAGGUUGGGCUAAUACGUGAUGGUGGGUCUUUCUGGUGUGGCUAACCCUCACCGUUAGCCAUCUCAUCAGCAUAAACUAUUGGUGUGGUCCAGGACCAUCCACGGAUAAUAAACAUUGCAAUCACUUGGGAAAUCCCAACGGUCCGGAGGGUUUUCCCAAGAACCAGGGACAAAGGCCAAAUUUGGGGGGAAGGUUAAUUCUUCACUCCCUAUACACUUGUCUUCACACCCACAUUUAGGCUUUUGUGAGCUAUAUGUCAUUCUGUGUAGUACAAUAAUUAAGGCCAGUACCCCAAACUGGGUGUGUGAUUGCUGACAGAGUACUUGGUUGCUGGGUAUCAAUGGGCAUAUUUGGAUUUCUUGAUUUGGUUGGUAGGAGGAUGUUAUAGCCACGGCUAGGGUGAAAGUCUAAUGGAGAUGAGACGAUGUCCGGAAUUCUGGCCUCUGACGUUGUGAUCGACGACCUAAUGUUUUUAAUUUCUUAAAGCUGUAAUGAAGUUAUUUGGCUCUUCAUCGACAUUCACUACAUACUUGUGGAUUUCUCAAAGUGUGGACCAUGAACUAUCCAUAUUAGAAUCACUAGGCUGCUCAUUGGAGUCCCUGAGUGGUGCAAAUGAUUAACUGAAAGGCUGGCAGUUUGAGUCCACCUAGAGCCACUUCGGAAAAAAGGUCUGGUGAUCUGCUUCCCAAAAACCAGCCAUUGAAAACCCUAUGGAGCACAGUUCUGUGACACACAUGGGAUCACCAUGAGUCAGGAUCAACUUGAUGUCAGCUUUUUUUUUUUUUUUUUUUAAUUAGGCUGUUUAUUAGUAAUGCAGGUUUCUGAGCCCCAGACCACACCUAGAAAAUAAUUUCUGGGGUUAGAAUGUAAGAAUUUACAUUGGGAAGGAAGAAAUAGUAGGAUAGUUGGAGAAAAUUUCUAGGAGGAGGUAGCUGGGUCUUAGAAGAUAAGGAGAGGGGGGUUUCUGGCAGGACAGUUUGAAUGGGCCUGAGUAUGGCCACUUAGGUGGUGGUUCACGUUGUGGAGCUGAGGAAAAGACUGCUGGACAGGCUAAACUGGUACCUGAUGAAUACUCAGUAAACGUAGAGGAUCACCCACUUCUCUGCUCUAAUGCUUAAGCCAGCACUGGACAGACUGAAGCCUCCACCAAAAAGAUAAAACGGAGCCUGAGACUGAUCAGGUGCAUUGCGUGAAAAACGAGGUUUUUUUGCUUGCUUUUAAAAUAACUUUGAAACUACUCCUGUAACGUUUUACUCCUGAUUCUCCUAGCUGACCAUUCCCAUUUCCCAUAAUGAUUCCUCUUUUCUCAGUCCCUGACUGCUUUCCUGUUCAGUCAUGGUGUCAGUUUCUGUCCUCUUUCUACUACACCAUUAUCCAUAGAACCCACUUACUUCCAAGGCUUCAGCUAUCACCUCUAUGUAGGUAAGUGUUAAAUCUGCAUUUGUGGUACAGACCUCUCCCAAGCUCCAAUCAGACUGCAGACUGCAUUUACACUUGGACUUUAAAAUUUUAAAUUACGUCUUUAAAAUCAGAUUCCUCUCUCCCAUAAGCUGUUUGCCUCUGAAAAUUGCUACAAACAUUUAAGGCUCAAAACUUCUGAGUUUUCUUUGUUCUCAUCCUCCUAUGUUUAACCAUCCAUCAGGUUGUGGGCAGUUCAGUAAACAUGGAGUGGAAUGAUAAGACGUUGUCGGGAAGUUUUCAGAGUUUGUGGUUAUGGAGGAGGUGGAAAGUUUCAAGCAAUGGUACUAAUUAAUAGUAGGUAACGUCUUUUUUUUUAACAUGUCAUAUAUACGUGUCAUACGCUAUGUGCCAGCUUUGCCAGGCUCUUCCAAUUUACUCAUAACCUACCUAUGAAGUGUUGGUAUUAUCCCCAUUUUAGAGAUGAAACAAUUGAACUUGCCCAAGGGAUUCUGACAGUGAGAUCAAAACAAGAACGGAAGUCCUCCCCGGGAUGCUGCACUUGGUGGAAGGCUAAAUGAUACGGUCUAGAUGACGGAUGUGGAGAUGGGGAGGCAUGUGUGAAGAGUAAAUUUCAACCAGGAGGUUGUCUUGUCCUGUCAGGAUUCUGCAGUGUUCAUAGCUAUUCUUCCUCUUCAUUUCCAUUGCUGCUAACCCUAUAAUUCAGGUCUUCAUUAUGUCUCCCUUGGAUUUUUUUUUUUUAAUGGUUUAACGUUGUUUUCUCUCGUUAAUCUCCCUAAUGCACCUAUUUAUGCAAAGUUUCAGGGGUGCUUCUUACAGAAUAAAGUUAAAACUCCUUAGCCUUAUGGUCAAGGCUGUCCAUGAGCUGGUCUCUACAUACCUCUUAUUGCUUCUCUCCAAACAUCAAAUAAAUAGCAAAAUAAUAAGGCCCAUAUACUAUAUUCACGUCCAUGAAUUUGUUCACAAUAUUCCCAUGUUCUGCUCCAGCUCCUCACAUCUGAUCACUAAAAAUUCAGAGUUAAAGGGGACCUUAGAAACCAUCUUAUUAACCUCCCAGUCAGUGUAGAGACUUUGGACAGUUUCCCUGACAGAUGACUACCCAUUCUCUAUCACGUCUUCGGGGACGAGAGUCUUGUUGCACUGGGCACCAAGACUUCACAUCGCUGAGCAUCCUAAUUGCUGGAAAUUACGCUGAGCUGAAUUUAUGUCUCCUUGUAAAUUCCACCGUUAGCUUCUGUUUUGCCUUUUCAACCGAAUGUAAUCAUCUGUAAAAUGAGAGGAACGGACAUAAUUUCUAAAGAUAUUUUUAGUCAUAAUAAAAGCAAUUUCAUUCCUAACACCUCCCCUCUGUACCCCCCAACUCCAAUGAUUCUGAGAAAGGAUAUUAUGUGGUGACCUAACUACAAGAGAAACCUUUUUUUACCUGAACUUUUCAGCUGACAGCAGUAAUGGAGUGGCUGUGGUGAAGAGAACAUAUUGAUGAAUUGUUUCUUCUUAAGAAAAGAUGGUUUUCAAAAGCUCCCCAAAGACAGAUUCUUUUCUUCAUAAAUUGUUUUUAAGAGUUUAAAUUUUUUCUACUUCAGAAAAAUAAAGGAAAGCCUGUCAGGUGCAUUACUUUAAAUAUGUCAGUAAUGAAGAACUCAUGGUUUUGAAAUGAGUAAGAAAUUACACGGAUGAUUUUCCACAUACAGAGAUACGGCCAUCAGGAUGGUUAUCUUCCACCUUAAGCAUGUUUUUCCAUUUAUAUUCCCUACUUUGGCUGCUGACAUCACCAACUUCCCAGUCAGCCAAUCCAGAAACCUGAGAAUGGUUCUGGAUGCAUUGCUUCUCUUCAUCUCACUCCUAUAGCUUUUCAAUGUCUCUAACCUGUCCUUUCUUCCCCAUUCCUUGUCCACCUAGCAAACUCCUAUUCAUCUUUGAAACCUCAUCAUCAGCUUCGCCUUCUCUGUGAAGCCUUUUCAGGCCAUUGUGCAUAUCACCCUCCAUCCCCACCAAGGUAAUUUUCACCGAGCUGCCUCUGCAUCUUGUACAUAGUCUCAUUAUUGUGCUUAUCCCCCAUCUGUUACAUAUUAUUUGUUUAUACAUCUGACUCCUUCACUAUGGUGUUUUUUCCUUUUAUACACUGUCACACUUUUCUACCACAAAUAUGUGUUGCUUCAUCAGCAGAAAGAAAAAAUUAAGAAAAUAAAAAUAAGAAGGAACAUCCAUUAAGCACUUUGUGUCAAGCAUUGUUCUAAGUGCUUUAUCAGUUCCAUAUUAUUGCCCGUUUGUUCAGGAAAGAAGAAAGGAAGGGGGAAUGGGGAGGGGAGUUCACAAGGUGCACAGUGAAUGGUGGCAGUGAAGUUAGAUGAGUUUGGAGUCCAAAGCCCUAGCUUUCUCUACUAUACCACACCACCAGAGGGUAUCCCAAACUCCAACACAUCCUCUCCUCUCGCUGAUUCUUCAGUCCCUUCAACAUCAACUCAAUAAGUAAAUGCUUCCACUGUAGCAGAUACAAAGAUGAAUGAACUACGGAUCCUGCACUGAAGGAAGCGCCAGUCUAAAGAGAGACAUAAAGCCUGUAUUGAUAAUACAAGAGAGUGAGAUGCCAGGAAAGGGACAACAAUCAUAAUGAUAGCUGAUAUUCAUGGACUCCUUACCUAUGUGCCAGGCAGCGUUCUAAGUAUUUUAUAUGCAUUAACUUGUUUUUACAACAAUCACAUACGGUAAGUGUUCAUACUAUUACUAUCCCUAUUUUACAGUUGAAAAAAUGGAGUCACAGAAAGGCUAAGUAACGUGCCCAAUAUUACAGAGCUAGUAAGUAGUCGUAUGGGUAUUCCACAUUUUGAUUAUCCAUUCAUCAGGUGGUGGACAUUUGAGUUGUUUAGGGCACUGAAUUUUUGAAACAGAAGCCCUAGAAUUGAGUUCCACACCACUUCCUAGCUAUGUGGCCUUGAACAGGUAUGUCAUGUCUUUGAGCCUCAACAAUUUCACCUGUAGAGUGGAACUGUAAAUUUUAUUGUUUUGAAAUCAUAAAUUUUAGAAUCUCUAGUGCCCUUUAAGGAGCCCUGGUGGUGCAGAGGUUAAGCACUCGGUUGCUACCCGAAAGGUCGGUGGUUUGAACCCACCAGCUGCUCUGCGGGAAAAAGAUGAGGCAGUCUGCUUCUGUAAAAGAAUUACACCCUUGGAAACCUUCUGGGGCAGCUCUGCUGUGUCCUGUAGGGUCGCUAUGAGCCGUAAUUGACUUGAUGGCAAUGGGUAGUGCCCUUUAUGGAGUCCCUGGGUGGUGCAAAUGGUUAAAUGCUUGGCUACUAACUGAAAGGUUGAUGGUUCAAACCCAUGCAGAAGCCCCUUGAAAGAAAGAUCUGGCAAUCUGCUUCUCAAAGAUCACAGCCAUUGAGAACCCUAUGGAGCACAGUUCUACUCUGAAGCACAUGGGGUCGCCAUCAGCCAGAAUUAACCUGAUGGGCAACCGGUUUGGUUUUUUGGUUUUUAGUGCUUGUUCAGAGCCUAAGAAAAAUGAACUAUGGUCAACAUAGCUCUAUAAAUUCAAAACUGCCUCUCCUCUCUUUUUGUACCCCCUUCCCAUUCGCUAUUGGCUUUAGGAGAAACAUUCAAUAAAAAGAUUCAUAGGCCAAACCACUGAUGUCACUGUUGUGUUGUCAUUUAUACCAUUCCACUGAUUUUACGUGCAUUUCUUCUCAAAUGUUACUGUCUCCGAAAUGGCCAUGCGUCUGGCCAUCGAUGGUUGUGCAUUAGUAAGUAGUAGAACAGGGAUUCAGACCCAGGCAACCUAGCUCCAGAGUUUGAACUCUUCCUCACUCCACUGUACUGCCUUUCUACAAAUAAAAUGGGGAAAUUAUGAAGAAAGCAAACUUAUGUUCUUCUUGGGAGGGGCAAGGCACAUGGUGAUCACAAAAGGCUUUAUUGAGGAAAUCACGUUAAAGCUAAAUUGAGAACACGGAUAGGUAGAAUACAAAGUCAUGAGUGGGAAUCUUCCUUCUGGCCUGACAAAAGAUAGGUGCAGAAAUAGGUACUCAGUUUCACUCAGGUAAAUAUUUAUUAAAUACGUAUUAGAUGUCAGACAUUGUGUCAGGGGAAAGCAGGCAAUGGCUAAAUACGGGUGAGGGAAAGAAGAGCAGAUCUUGGAGGGCAGUGAAUAUCUGUGAGUCUUCUAGGAGCUGAGGUGAAAGCUUUCAAGGCAUGAAUGUAAAAAGGGAACCUGCAUGUAAGACAUGUUAGCAAUAGAAAACCCAGCAAAGGCUCUACCGUAGGUAAGUUUUGAAGCCACAAGGGCCUAGACCAGGGUGAAGGCAGUGAGAAUGGAGAAGAAAGGAUGAAUCCAGGAGACUUCAGGGAAUUGAAAUUGCAUCUGAAUCAAGAGAAGCAUCAACUGAUGAAUGAGGAGGAGGACCUGGAGACAAUUCCACUGUGAGUCUGGGUGACUGCUGUCUCACAGAUUCUAUCCAAACUGUGAGGUAUAAUAAGGAUAUGCAAAAUGGCAAAUAAUCAGUACCCCAGUUUGGAUGGGCUAGAGUAAUUAGAAUAUAAUUUAAGGUAUUAUCCAUUAACCUUUAUAAAUGACGAGUAUAUUAGAAUAGUUUGGUUGCUGUAACAGAGACCCAAAAUAACAUUGACUUAAACUUUAAGAUAGAAGUGUAUUUAGGUAAGUAUAUUUCUCAGUCUUGAGGAAAACAGUCCAGGGUUGGUAUGGUGCCAUGAGCAUGGUGCCAGGGACCUUCUAUCUUACUGACUGCCAUUCCUAUGAUGUUGCCCAUGUCCACGUGGUCCAAGAUGAUUUAUUACCAUAUCCACAGUCCAAGCAGCAGGAUGGAGAAAGCAAGGAAGAAGGGCAUGCUCCCUCCCUCUCUUUUGGGGCACAAU